UAAGAAUCGUAACUUUUCUUCUUCGGUGACGACGGCUUGAUCUUUUUCGGAUGGUUGUUGAUGAGGAUGAGGAUGAGGAUGAGGAUGGGAGUGGUGGUGGUGGUGAGGGUCUGUUGAUAGACAAUGUGUCGUAGCAGAGGUGGUAUCUAAAUCAAUAAGCGAACUUGUGGAGGAAGCGGAAGAAGAAGUAGGAGAACUAGAACGAGAAUAGGAUGGUAGAGACGACGAAGAAGAAGACGUCGACGCAAUAGAAGAAGCAGAAGAUGGCACAUGGGAAGAUGAAGCAGAUGCCAAAGAUGAGUGGUGAAGAGAGGAGGAUGAGAAUGAGGAAGAAGAUGUAUGGGUGUGAGACCUUUUUGAUCUUUUGGAGGUCGAACUUGUUGCUGAAGGAGUGGAAGGCUUAUCCACCAACAACUGCUUUAAUCGUUCAAUUUCCUUUUCGUAAUUGAUAUUGGAGUUCAUGCCAGCAAAGGGAUCUCGCAUAGUCGUGUCAAAGGUGCUGUUGCUUUGUUGUUGUUGUUGUUGUUGUUGUUGUUGGUUCUGGUUGGAUCGUUUGUUGCUAUUAUUCUUGGAUGUUACCUGUGUCCACUUUAAGGUUGCUGCGGCCAUGGUCUGGAACAAGGAUAAGAAAGACAGAGGUAUACAAGAAAAGAAAAAGAAGCAAAGAAAGGCAGGAACUGUACUGGAAAUAAAUAGAUAUGGGCGAAGGGUGCUGGUGAUGUCUGAGUAGUUGUCUGAGUAGUUGUCUGAGUAGUGUUGCCUGGGUGGUGGUGGUGGGUGGUGGUAUGGAUGUUGGUGGGUUCUCGUGGAGCUGGUGGGUUGGUGGGUGGGUGGGUAAUGAGAUAAUGCUUGCAAUAACAAAAAACAAAAAGUAGAUGUGUUUUUCUUUUUUUUUUUAAUUUGUUUACGCUAGGGCCUGAAAACGAUAAAAAAGGAUAAAAAAAAAGGUAGAAUGAGUUUAUAAAUGAUUCUUUUGGGUAAAAGAAAAACUGUUUGGCAAAGAAGAAGCAGAAGAAAUCCAACGCAAAAAAAAAAGGAGUCCUUUUCUCUAGUUUGCUUUCUUUUGUUAGCUUUUUUGAUAUAAGAAAAGAAUAAAAAAAAAAAAGAAAAGG